AUGUCGAAACUCAUUUCCCCUGCCGAAUUGGCCAAGCGACUUUCUUCCAAGGAAACCAAGAUCUUCGAUGCUACCUGGUAUCUUCCCACCCCUGCCAACGUUGGUAAGAACGCUUACGACAAUUACAUGAAGAAGCGGAUUCCCGGCGCUCUCUACUUUGACAUCGAUGCCGUCAACACCCCCUCCAAGUUCCCCCACAUGCUUCCCUCUCCUCAGACCUUUGAAAACGAGCUCACGAAGCUGGGUGUUUCCUCUGACUCUCCCAUCGUGGUCUACGACACACAAGGCGUCUUCUCCGGACCUCGACUUGUGUGGACCUUUAAGGUCUUUGGCCAUGACAACGUCCAGUUCCUCAAUGGCUUUGAGGCUUACACCCAGCUCCCUGGUAUCCCCAGCAGACCGGAUGCCUACACCUGGGGCAUCUGGGACACACAAGUUCCUGGUAAGAUCGAUCCCGCCGAUCCUCCCUACAAGGUGACCAAGGCCCGACCCGAGCUGGUCAAGUCCUUUGAAGACGUGCUGGCCAUCGUCGAGAAACACAACGGUGACGGAGCCAAGAUUCGAAACGAGGUCACCUUCAUUGAUGCCCGACCCAACGGACGAUUCACAGGCAAGGACGCUGAACCUCGAGCCGAGCUGUCCUCGGGCCAUGUUCCCGGAGCUUACUCCAUCGCCUUCCCCGAGGUGGUCGAGAAUGGAAAAUUCAAAUCUCCUGAGGAGCUCAAGGCUCUGUUUGCUUCCAAGGGCAUUGAUGGCUCUAAGCCCAUCAUCUCCAUGUGUGGAUCCGGUGUCACUGCCUGUGUCAUUGACCUGGCUCUGGAGAUUGCCGGCAUUGGUUCUCGAGACACCAAUGCUGUCUACGAUGGAUCUUGGACCGAGUGGGCCCAGCGAGCUCCCACAAAGUACAUUGUCAAGGAGGAGAACUUGAACGAGGCCAACCGGGCUUAG